UGAGCUGGUGGAGCAGCUCCCACAAGCAGGGAGCCCGCCCGGGACCCCGCCCAGAAGGCAGCCGGGUCCCUUGGGCUGGGCCCUGCUGGCAAAGCCGACGGGGCGGAGAGGAGCGCGGCGGGAGGAGGAGUAGGAGGAGGGGGCUGGUCUAGGGAAGUGCGACGUGUCUGCGGAGCCUUUUUAUACCUCCUUCUCCGGAGUCUGGAAGCCGCCGCCGCCUCGCGUCUCCGCUCCCAGGAGCGGCUCCGAGCUCCUGCGCGCCCGGCACCGCCUCAGCCAGCCAGCAGCAUGUCGGGGGUCAAAAAGCAGAAGACGGAGAACCAGCAAAAAUCCACCAAUGUCGUCUAUCAGGCCCACCACGUGAGCAGGAACAAGAGAGGACAGGUGGUUGGAACAAGGGGAGGGUUCCGAGGAUGCACUGUGUGGCUCACAGGUCUUUCUGGUGCUGGAAAGACAACAGUAAGUUUUGCUCUGGAAGAAUAUCUGGUCUCCCAUGCCAUCCCUUGCUACUCCCUUGAUGGGGACAAUGUCCGUCAUGGCCUUAACAAGAACCUUGGAUUCUCUCCUGGUGACAGAGAAGAAAACAUCCGCCGGAUUGCCGAGGUGGCCAAGCUGUUUGCCGAUGCUGGUCUGGUCUGCAUCACCAGCUUCAUUUCUCCUUUCUCGAAGGAUCGAGCGAAUGCCCGCAAAAUCCAUGAAUCAGCCGGACUGCCAUUCUUUGAAAUAUUUGUAGAUGCGCCACUAAACAUUUGUGAAAGCAGAGAUGUGAAAGGUCUCUACAAAAAGGCCCGAGCUGGAGAGAUCAAAGGAUUUACCGGUAUUGAUUCUGAUUAUGAGAAACCUGAAACUCCAGAGCUUGUGCUUAAAACCAACUUGUCCUCUGUGAAUGACUGUGUCCAACAAGUAGUGGAACUUCUACAAGAACAGAACAUUGUCCCCCAUACCGUAAUCAAGGGCAUCCAUGAACUCUUUGUGCCGGAAAACAAACUCAGUCAAGUUCGAGCUGAGGCUGAAACUCUCCCUGCAUUAGCAAUUACUCAGCUGGAUCUUCAGUGGGUCCAAGUUUUGAGUGAAGGCUGGGCCACUCCACUCAAAGGUUUUAUGCGGGAGAAGGAGUACCUGCAGGUUAUACACUUUGACACCCUGCUAGAUGGCAUGGCCCUUCCUGAUGGUGUGAUCAACUUGAGCAUUCCCAUCGUCCUCCCUCUCUCUGCGGAUGACAAGACAAGGCUGGAAGGGUGCAGCAAGUUUGUCCUGACUCAUGGCGGGCGGAAGGUGGCUAUCUUACGAGAGCCAGAAUUCUAUGAACAUAGAAAAGAAGAGCGUUGCUCCCGUGUGUGGGGGACCAUGUGUGCAAAACACCCCCAUAUCAAAAUGGUGAUGGAAAGUGGGGAUUGGCUCGUUGGUGGAGACCUUCAGGUGCUAGAGAGAAUAAAAUGGAAUGAUGGAUUAGACCAAUACCGCCUGACACCACUGGAGCUCAAACAGAAAUUUAAAGAAAUGAAUGCUGAUGCAGUGUUUGCGUUCCAGUUGCGAAAUCCUGUCCACAAUGGCCAUGCUCUGUUGAUGCAGGACACCCGCCGCCGGCUCCUGGAGAGAGGCUAUAAGCACCCAGUUCUCCUGCUCCACCCUCUGGGUGGCUGGACCAAGGAUGAUGAUGUGCCCUUGGACUGGCGGAUGAAGCAGCACGCAGCUGUGCUGGAGGAAGGGGUCCUGGAUCCCAAGUCAACCAUCGUUGCCAUCUUCCCGUCUCCCAUGUUAUAUGCUGGCCCCACAGAGGUCCAGUGGCACUGCAGGUGCCGGAUGGUGGCUGGGGCCAAUUUCUACAUUGUGGGCCGAGACCCUGCAGGAAUGCCCCACCCUGAGACCAAGAAGGACUUGUACGAACCCACUCAUGGGGGCAAGGUCUUGAGCAUGGCCCCUGGCCUCACCUCUGUGGAAAUCAUCCCAUUCCGAGUGGCUGCCUACAACAAAACCAAAAAAGCCAUGGACUUCUAUGAUCCAGCAAGGCACAACCAGUUUGACUUCAUCUCAGGAACUCGGAUGAGGAAGCUGGCCCGGGAAGGAGAAAAUCCCCCUGAUGGCUUCAUGGCUCCUAAAGCGUGGAAAGUGCUGACAGAUUAUUACAGGUCCCUAGAGAAGAACAAUUAACUACCCUUCAGCCCCAGACUUUCUUACUGAAGUGCUCUUUGAAUCCCUUUUCUAUUUUUGUGAUUAGAUGCUUUAUAUGCAAUUGCUUCUCAAUGACUGAUUUUAAAGUUAGGAUUUUAUAAAAUUGUGUCUGUAAUUUAAAGUCAACUUCAGUAUAUGUUUUUUAAAAAGGUCACACUGAACAUACUGAAGACCAAAUCUUGUCAGGUGUAAGCAAUGGUGUUUCAGAAUAAAAUCAUGCAUCUGAGCAGGUAGGUCCUAGAUUUCCUAAAACUUGUGUCUUAGGUCUAGUUUACAGGCCAAAACACAAGGCCUAUUUUCCAGGUUAAGUCUUGACAACCACACUCUCCCCACAUCAUACCAGUAGUAAAUAAGUAAAUGAGAUGAACAGCCUUUUCUAUACAAUUGGCUGAGACUUGCCCUAAACAAGGUGUGGUUCAUGUCAAGAUUCUUACUAAUACUUUGUUCCAAAUCUGUAUACAGCUUGACAGCCCAAUAUCUUGUGUGCUGAACAAUGAACUGACUGGAGAAAACGAAUGUGUGAAAUGUGAAUGUAAUCUCAGAGACCAAUGCAACCUACUUCUACCACAAAAGUUGUUUUAAUGCCCUUCCAUGAAUAAUGUAACUCCAGUUAGGCGCCUCCCUGUUGGUGCAAGGUGUUAAGCACAGCACUAUGAAGCUCUCCACAGCCACUGCAGCAUGUGU